GAUUCCAGUUUCUUGCUGGCCAAUGCGCAGAUCGUCGACUACCCCAUCGUCUACUGCAACGAGUCCUUCUGCAAGAUCGCCGGCUACAACAGGGCCGAAGUGAUGCAGAAGUCAUGCCGCUGCAGCUUUAUGUACGGCGAACUGACGGACAAAGAGACCAUCUCCAGGAUAGAACAGUGCCUCGAGAACCAACAGCAGGAUCAGUUCGAGAUACUACUCUACAAGAAGAAUCAUUCUAGGCUGUAUUUUGGCCCAUCCAAGAAUAAAACGGGAACACCAUUAUGGCUGCUCCUCCACAUCGCGCCCAUCAAGAACGAGAAGGACAUCGUGGUGCUGUUCCUGUGCACCUUCAGGGACAUCACGGCGCUCAAACAGCCCAUCGAAGCAGAGGACUCCCGAGCUUCGGACAGCACGGAGAGCUCGGGGGGCAGGCUGCCGACCAAAACCGGCCUCAGCAAAUUCGCCAAGCUGGCUCGCUCGGUGACCCGGAGCAGAUCGGUGCUGGUGACUCAGUUCUCCUCCCACCUGCCCGUCAUGAAGGACGUCGCCAAGCAGUCCAACAUCACCCACAUGAUGAGCCUCAACAGUGACGUCAUGCCGCAGUACCGACAGGAAGCGCCCAAGACGCCACCGCACAUCCUCCUUCACUACUGUGCCUUCAAGGCUAUCUGGGACUGGGUGAUCCUCUGUCUCACCUUCUACACCGCCAUCAUGGUGCCCUACAACGUGGCCUUCAAGUACAAGACCUCGGAGGACGUGUCCCUGCUGGUGGUGGACUCCAUAGUCGACGUUAUAUUCUUUAUAGACAUUGUGCUCAACUUCCACACCACCUUCGUCGGCCCCGGCGGGGAGGUGGUGUCUGAUCCUAAGAUUAUUCGAAUGAACUAUUUGAAAUCGUGGUUUCUGAUAGACCUGUUAUCGUGCCUCCCAUAUGAUGUUUUCAACGCGUUUGACCACGAUGAAGAUGGUAUUGGGUCUUUAUUCUCGGCGUUAAAAGUGGUGCGUCUGCUGCGACUGGGCCGAGUUGUGCGCAAGUUGGACCGCUACCUGGAGUACGGCGCCGCCAUGCUCAUCCUCCUCCUCUGUUUCUACAUGCUGGUGGCCCACUGGCUCGCCUGCAUCUGGUACAGUAUAGGUAAAAGUGACGCAGACAACGGGAUCCUACACUCGUGGCUGUGGAAGCUGGCCAACGUCACCCAGUCCCCCUACACCUACAUCGUCACCAACGGCUCCAACAACCUGGAGCUCAUCAACGGCCCCAGCAAGAAGACCAUGUACGUGACCUCGCUCUACUUCACCAUGACCUGCAUGACCUCCGUCGGCUUCGGCAACGUCGCCGCCGAGACAGAUAACGAGAAAAUCUUCACUAUAUGCAUGAUGAUCAUCGCAGCGCUGCUCUACGCCACCAUCUUCGGCCACGUGACCACCAUCAUCCAGCAGAUGACUUCAGCGACGGCCAAGUACCACGAGAUGCUGAACAACGUGCGGGAGUUCAUGAAGCUUCACGAGGUGCCGAAGGCGCUGUCGGAACGGGUGAUGGACUACGUGGUCUCUACCUGGGCCAUGAAGGGCAUCGACACCAACAAGGUAGAAAAUGAGGUGCUCAACUACUGCCCCAAGGACAUGAAAGCCGACAUCUGCGUCCACUUAAACCGUAAAGUGUUCAACGAGCACCCCGCCUUCCGCCUGGCCUCCGACGGCUGCCUUAGAGCUCUCGCCAUGCACUUCACCAUGAGCCACUCCGCCCCAGGUGACUUGCUGUUCCACACUGGCGAGUCGCUCGACACCCUGUGCUUCAUAGUGACGGGGUCGCUGGAGGUGAUCCAGGACGACGAGGUGGUGGCCAUCUUGGGUAAAUGCGACGUCUUCGGUGACACCUUCUGGAAGGACCCCACCGUCGGCCAGAGCGCCGCCAACGUCCGCGCCCUCACCUACUGCGACCUGCACGCCAUCAAGCGGGAGAAGCUGCUGGAGGUCCUCGACUUCUACCACGCCUUCGCUAAUUCCUUCGCCAGGAACCUCGUUCUCACCUACAACCUCAGACACAGACUCAUCUUCCGGAAGGUGAGCGACGUCCGGCGGGAGAAGGAACUUGCUGAGAGACGCAAACACGAGCCCCAACAGGAGCUCAGCCACGACCACCUAGUUAGGAAGAUCUUCUCCAGGUUCCGGAGAGAUAAGGCAGGAGGAGGUUCAGGCACCCCCAACAGCGCCUCUUCCGACAUGGUGGGGGUGAGCGGCAGGGAUGUGGAACGAGGGUCAGGCGAGCGGUCAGACUCUGAGGUGGUGGGCACUACUGAUGCUCUCAAGGUCGUCAAGAUGCCGCCGGCGAGGAUGAACAACAUUUGUGAGACCAACGGGCCGCGCAAGUGGAAAAACAUCUUCGGCAGGAAUGAAGGCGGGGACGACGAAGGCUCCACCACGGACGAGUGUAACAAGAAGAACCUGAUGCAGGACGGGGUGUUGAGGAGCCUCGGCAACAAGCACAACACCAACCUCUCCAAGACCCUCGGCGUGACCCCCAAGAGAGCCAAUACCUCCACUGCCACCACUCCCGGCACCACACCCAACAACAACCACAACAACAACAAUAGUGCCAAGACGGUGGUGAAAAAGGAUACGCUCGUCCUGGAAGGCAGCACAAAGUUCAAGCUGAAUAAGCUGGACUCUCUGGACUCCGGGGUGGGACGGGACCACAAGAAUAAGCUGCAGGACAACGAUUCCGGCAACGUGACGGACUACAUCUCCCCUGUCACGCCGGGCGUCACCACAGUCGACUGCCAGCAGAUUAUCGCCAGCCUCAUGGACUUUAAGGUCGACCUCAAACUCGAGAUGCAGAGGAUGAACCAAAAGCUGACAAAGCUCGAGGACAACAUGAACGACGUGAUGACGAGAAUGACUUACGUCCAGCGGUCAACGUCGCAACCAGUGAGCGUGAGACUCUCCGGCGAUGACACUGUCACUCGACCACCUCUCAGGCGGGAGAGGGAGCGCAUCACCGCCGUCGCCGGCGCCGGCGAAGUCGCAGGCGACAGUGAAGAAACCAAACAGUUCUUGCCAAAGGUGACCGCCAGUGAGGAACCGAGAAAGCCUAAGAGGCGAGACAAAAGUCGUGCAAAGAGCGCAGGUACGCCGCGCACCUCCCCCACAGACUCAAACUCUCCCACGGACUCUAUGGUGCGCGGCAUGUUAGAGGACGAGAUCCUGGAGCAGGCGUCAUCUCCGCGGGCUGAGGGACCUUCACUGCCCAAGUCUCGCUCCAGGGAGUACCUCUGAGACGCUAGUACAACCUCACUCGCCCGGGGCUUCCCCAGGAGGUUUCCCUCGACCCCUUGAGCACGGUAGCACAAGUGUACAUGCUAUACAGUAAAGUCUAUCAGGAACAAUCUAAUAAAACGGGAGAUAGAAAUUGGUGGAAUUAUUUACAAGAGGGACUAACACAUGGGUGAUGCUGACAAGACACCGCCGUGCUGUGUUUGCCAAUCAUACUUUUCAGGACGACUACAAAAGACUAAUUGUUAAGGUAGUGUGGCAAGUGCUGAACAAGGAUGGGAUAAAUAUUUACACUAAUAUUUCACUUUCAAAAUAAAAGCGAUUAUGUUAUUAAUUACACUAGAAAGAUUUAUAAACUCCUUACUGUGAGGACGCCAAGCCUCCUCGUCCAGCACUCUCCACUCUGUUAUUUGGCAAAGUGCUAAAGAUCCUACGUUGGAGGAAUUUAUUUUUUUACAAAUUUGAUUAUCUUAGUGUUCUGUAUUAAGUUGUCAAACAUAUCAGUUGUGGUGCCAGUGUCCCAGCAUCCAAACCCAGCCGGAGCACUCAACAUCCGGGUCCAUGUGUUCUGCUGGCCAUGAAAACAAAGCGACGAUGCUCAGGUUGCCAAGAAGAUGAGGUCUUCGUGCUCUGAUGGUCAAUAAGAGAAGGUCCUUGUGCUCUGAUUGCCAAGAAAAAUAAGGUGCUACUGUUCUGUUGGCCAUAGAGAGGAGGUCUUCGUGCUUCGAUGGCCAAGAAGUGGUCCAUGUGCUCUGGUGGUCAAGAAGAGGCGGUGCUAGGUGUUCUGCUGGCCACAGAGUGGAGGUCCUUGUGAUCUGACGACCAGUGGGGAUGAGGUCCUUUUACUCCUUUGGCCAUAUAGAGUGGUCAUAGUCCUCUGAUGGCCAGGGAGAUGAGGUCUUCGUCCCAAUAUAGCCAAGAAGAGGAGGUACCAGUGCUCUAAGGGCCGAAAAAGAGGCCCUUGUGUUCUGAUGGCCGAGAAGACGAGGCCCCUGUGUUCUGUGGCCGAGAAGACGAGGCCCCUGUGUUCUGAUGGCCGAGAAGACGAGGCCCUUGUGUUCUGAUGGCCGAGAAAACGAGGCCCCUGUGUUCUGAUGGCCGAGAAGACGAGGCCCUUGUGUUCUGAUGGCCGAGAAGACGAGGCCCCUGUGUUCUGAUGGCCGAGAAGACGUGGCCCUUGUGUUCUGAUGGCCAGGAAGUGGAUGUUUUCAUGCUUCGUUAAUCAAGAGAGGAUCCUUGUUUUCUCUUGGCCAGGAUGAGGUGGUGCUAGUCUUCUGCUGGCCAUGGUAAGAAGAUCCUUGUUAUCCGAUGGCCAAUAGAAGGGAGGGCCUUUAGUCUGUUGGUCUAGAAGAGGAGGAAUUCUUGCUCGGAUGGCCAGGAAGAAGAGGUGCUUGUGUCCUGCUGACCCAGAAGACGAGUUCUUGUGUUAACGUAGCCGUGAAGAUCAAGUCCUCUGCCCUGUUGGCCAUAAAGGGCCCACUCCUGAGCACUGGUGGCCAUGCAGAGAACGUCCCUGUGAUCUGCUAACCAAGAAGAGGAGGUCUUCGGUGUUCUGCUGGUCCUACUGCCGGUGGAUCAUCCCUGCUGGGAACUGAGAAAAAUGUGCUUGGUGGGUUGAUGACCCCGGUGACCCGACCGACCCCUGGUGGCAUGACCCCACACGCCCUUACUCUAACAUAAUGGUUAACCUGCGCGUGGGCGUGGCGCAGGGCGAACAUUCUUGGCAAUACUCACCUGACCCUCGUACGCCAGGGUCGAGCACGUAGGGAGUGGAAACAGUCUCAGCAUUUACACAUAAGUACCGUCCCGUUUGUUUUGUAUAUAACAAAACAGUGUUUUAAAGUUGAACACAAGAGUGAUGUAUUUCAGGUGUUUCAUCGAAUAUGUAUUGAGUUUCGUCGCAAACAUAGAGCAUAUUAUUUGACAUUUGUUUGUGCUACAGUGGAGUUUUGAAUAUUUAUAUUUCUUGUGCUGAUUGUUACUGUUCCAACUGAUCUGUGAUAACAUGUCUGUUUAGGUACAUGAGCGCGACGCAACAGUGUGGACGGCGGGGACUCCCACACCCCCACCCUCGACCGUCACAUCCCUCCCUCGACUCCCACGGCCUGAACCCUCCCUCUCAUCCCUGGAUCCGCCCUGCCCCAGCUAGUCCCUCACCUCCCUCGUGUUCACCCUAGUGGUCGCCUCCCGUACCACCUUGAGACCACCCUGUAUCCCCCCACUCAUCCCUCCCUGACGGCGUCUUUACUAUACUCGUCCUGUCUUCAGCAUACAACCUGACCUUACUUGUAGGAGAUGGGGCGUUGGUGGCUUGACUAUCCACCACCUCCUCCUCCCCUCCCCGACACCACCAGCUGGGGCCACCGCCUCGUACUCACAUCACCUUCUCACGACCUCCCUCAGAAGGAUCUGUCUUGUCCUCACAACUCUCUUCUCUCACACCCGUUAAAUCUCAAUCAACAUACGGGUUUACUCUUAAAUCGUCGUCAUAUAUGAACGAGGAAUAACACUCUUAGUCUUUAAAACAAAGUGACGUGACCUUGUGCCGACGACGACUCUGUUCUAGUGUCUGUCUGUCAAACAGUGCCAAAUCCAUGUUGUCAUUUGUUGUAGCCUUGGGGGUAUUGUCUGUUAUAUUACCAAGAGGUCAGUUUGGUACUUCCUCUUUCUUACAGUUUUAUUUUUUCCCUGUGCCAGUUCUUCCCAGUGCUCAUAUCCCUCCCCCCUCACCCCCCUCACCUGUGGGUUGAGGUUCUUCUUCCCUCAAAGUUCUCCUCUUAUACAGGUUUAUGUCGUCUGGUUGUUUAUGUCAUUUGAAAUUUGUUAUGACUGUUUAUCUCCUAAAAGUUCUCUUUCCUCUGCACCUGCUGUCUCUUAACACUGUGAGGGGCGCGAGACUCUCCUCGGAUAGCCUCACGACAUCAGCAUCUUGUUAUCAUUCUUACCACCUUGUUAUCAUUCUCACCAUCCUGGGACAGUUCCUGCUGUGAUCAUUCUAGUAUAAUUCUCUCUCUUGUUCAUUUCCUUCGUCAUCAUUUUGUUAUCAAGAUGAACCUCACCUAAUAGUUCACAUCACUAACGUCUCACUAGUGCAAGUCCUUAACUUAUCGCGUCUCAUGUUAUCUAGUGAUACCAACCCACACAUUCCUACACUCUAGGAAUAUCCAUCAUGAUACUCCGAGUUCCUAAAUAUACCACUCCAACAUUCCUACCAUCCAGGAAUUACGUAAGUGAACAUUCCAAACAUCCCUGAUUACUCACCUGACCAUUCCCAUCAUUCCAGAUUACUUUCUUGAAGAUUCCGACCAUCUGGAAUCUUUACGAACACUAUUAGAGCAUCCAGGAAUACCUCUAUCAUUCCAGUCAUUCGAUACUACCUCUUCUAACAUUCCAAUUAUCCAGGUGCAUCAGCCUCUGACAUUCCAACUUUUCAUCAGUACCUACAUGUUCAUUCUCACCACCCAGGUUCACUCACCUGAAGGUUCCCACCGUUAAGAGGUAACUUGUCUUACAUUCCCUCUCUUAUCACUUCAACUCCUCCAGCACACCUGUGUUCACCCCUUGCCCUCUGCUGGCACUGACUUGAGAGACACUCCCGCCGCCUUCCUCAUGAACCUCUGGGCAGUUUCUCACAUACUCAACUUAUAGUGUUGAACACCUCGUGAGCGAUGGUAGACACACUCCCAGGCCUCACUGUGCUGCCACGACGUCCUUCACUGCCUGAGGAGUCAACUAGACGUGACUGAACCUUCCGUCUUGUGUGUCGCAGUAUAACACGACGUUCGCCUCAUACUCUCCUCCGUGUUGGCAAUCACUGCUGUUGUGACGCUCGUCGUUCCUCUCUGCCUUAGCUGCCACCCACCACUUGAAGUCUCGCCUUAUACUCUCAGCAUGAUGCUGCUUCUAAGUACUCUAGCUGUCGUCUGUUACUCACAAUGUACUCCACCUGGCACCUGGCUAGUGAGGACGACACACCCUGGCUGCCGAAGUUCACGGCGCAGGACGCCACUGUCCUUCUGUAGUGCUGUUGAUGUUUCUCCCAGUGUUCCCUCCUCUCACGCCACCAGCUGGUGUAGGUUCCCAUAACCUCUUGUACUGUGUGGCGCAGGUGGUGCUGCAUCCAUAACUCCUCCCGCUUGGUGGUUAUGUUUGGGAAAGGCCCAAUGACCUAUUGCUCAGGGUAGUUCAGAUGGGAAAAAUUCUUUAACCUCACACCGUUAAUGGCUCAGGUGGUUAAAGGUGCGAUGGUCUAUUUCCCUGAAGUAGUUCAGGUGGUGCAACGUUCAUUAAUGUCUUACUGUUGGUGUUAAACAUUGCAAGGUUCUCAACACAUCAUCCUCAGUGGUUCACAAGGUCUUGUCUUCACAGUAUGGCGGUGGCCGCAGUUGGUACAAGGUGAUAGUUUCAACCCCUAGUUAGUCUCUUUCUCUAUGGCCCCAGCUGGUGGCUGGUCCUGCCUUUCCUACCCUUAAUGGCCCCAGCUGGUGGUCGAUCCUGCCGUCUAUGACACCAGCUGGAAGACCUGUGUGCCCCCGUUGGGACCAUCUGGAGAGACCCCCGACACACCCGACCCUCGCCACGCCUCAAGGCACACCCUGAGGGCCUCAUGUUAUACGAUAGAGGAUUUGGGUUUUUUGGAGUUAGACGAUCAAAAUCUCUGGCCGACACUUACUAGUUACCACUACUCCUCGCCCAGUAGCUCUGCCCGGUACUCUCGCUUUAUGUUCCGGUAGGCUUUAACAACUAGCGUAACAUUAAGUAGAUAGUAAUAUUUUUCUUUUCCUAGGAAUCUUUUUCUCUUAUCGACUCCAGACUAUAUGGGGGACGGUAGAGAGAGCCGCUUGACGUACUGGUGACGGAGAAUGUUUAUUAUUGUUACUUCCUCGCCUCUCACACCACCACGGGGACCUGUUGACGCCAGGUCCCUCGACACUCCAAUGCUGCCCACAACUUUUCCCAGAGUGACUCCUUAUUUUUUCAGAAACUAAGCUAUAAACUUGAUCCCACCUUCCCCCUCUCCCCUUUCCCCCUUCCCCCGCCCCCUCUUGAGCUCCGUGUAUUUUUAUAAGUAUUAACGUUUUGCCAAGCCGCAUGAAUAUUUUCCUAACGUUAGAGUGAGUAGGUGAGUCAGUUGUACUUCAAACAAAAAACUGAUUUUGAAGUAUAAAAUAUUAAUUUUUUUCUAUCACGAGAAGGUAGAAGUCUCCUAGGAUGUGCUGGAGUUAGACUCACUCAGAGAGACUCAUUGUAUGCAGACGAUACAGCACAACGCAUCAGACGAUGAAUGUGUUUGUCUGGAGAGGAACACGAACUACCCUUCCCCUCCGACAAGUGAAGGUCUUGAAGCGCACCAGUGUGUAUAUGAACUGACUGCCUCAUUACCUGGCUCACCCGCCAUGCACUGAGUGUGAGGAACUAAGAACGGUUGACUGAAGAGUAAGGUAUACUGUAGAGAACUGAGGGAGAGGCAGUGAGGUGCUGGUGACCCUGUGUUGGCCACCUGCGCCCUCUGUGUGUGAGUGAAAGGGGAAUUUUAUACUUUAAAUCCUUAAAACAUACCUCAGUUAAGGUGGUGGAGUACUUGGUACUUCCCCCAUGUUUCUAACCGUGUUAAUCAGAGACUUAACACAAGGAACCUCCUCCAGAGUGGGACAGUGUACCCAUGAAGGUGUCCACAUGCCGCCAGAACCCACCUGGCUAAUUCGAGAAAUGUACAGUUGUAACAAACUGUGGCGUUGUGUUGGUAGAAGUCAUGGGCUCCGUCGUCAACUUGUGGCUGGGCUGCCAUCACCAAAUGUCUCAAUGAGGAGAUCCUGUAGGAAGAACCUGUCCUCACCUUAAGUUUUAUACUAUACAGACGUGUAGGUGUGCAACGUCUUCACAGGGACUCUUGGGCCCGACCUUCCUCUAAGUAUUAAUCUUAAUCCGAAUGUUUUCUCUCAUUCUUUGCCAAAUACUGAGGACGUCGAUGAUCAGCUGGCAGGUCUCUGUGUCUCGACGAUUAUAUUCAAAGCUUGUUAUGGGAAUAACUUAGAGUGUAUUUGCAGGAAAUAAUAAUGUUGUCAGCCAGACCUUUAGGAAUACAAGUAACUCUGAAAAAGAGCAGCUGCUGUCUCGAACACCUCCGAGUAGGCGAAGUCCGCAAGAAAUUCCUGGAAGACUCUAACAAUAUUUGCACUACAGUAUCUCGAGGUGUAGCCCCUGGGAGCUACAACAAAGGGGAAGUCUAUAAUGAACAGUAUUACCUUUAAAAACUCUUGGUUUGAAGACCUAAGGGUUUUGAGACUCAGUUCCUGGCAGAACAUUAUCUUAUAUGUUGCGUGAACCUUGAAGGUGAGGUGCUGACAGCUGAACCUUCAUUACAAAGGCAUUGUGAAAGAUCUUUUCAGUCCAGGUGUGACAGACCCUACGGACCUAACCUGCUGAGACAAGACACAGUCGCCCUACUGUCCAUGUUAAAAUAAAGGAAAAUCACCCUAAACAGCGCACUCCUUUGCUUCAGUGACCGUCGGAUGAGUGGUGUCCUCACCCCAGGUCUAAUGUGUCCAUCCAUAUCGUUAGGUCCAGAGUCUCUGUGGCCACGGUCCACGGUCUCUAGGUUGGUUCUUCUCGUCCACCACAUGAGUCACUGUUGCAGUGGUGGUUAAGAGGAAUUGCCUUGUCUCUAAACUUAGUUAGCUAACCAAUGUCUUGGCCUUGGUCACUUCUCUUCUCAGGGACUACACUGGUGGGGGUCAACUGACGGCCUUUACGGCGGUCGUCCCCGUUACCUAGAGAGGAGGACCGACUUGGUUACUGGUCGACUGACAUCUAUUCUCACUGUCGGUCCUACCAAUAUACUGGUCGCUGUUACUAUGGUGAAGAACUUCACCCAUAAGGACCGGCGGAGCCAGUCAGGACCACCGCCGUUGAUGGCACCAACAAGGUGAAGGUGUCUGGUCCGUGACCGUCUCCCUCCUGAACCCAAACCCGUCGAGGGUUGUAACCAGGACACCUUCCUGGCACUUGGUUGGGAAUGAUAAGAUUUGGACUUAGUCUGACAUGAACCCAGUAGCAGCGGUGAGCUCCAGGGAGAAGUAGGAACAAAAAAACGUAUCCUACCUCACCCCGACUCACUCCAGCAUAUAAAAGUUCCCAAGUUUCAAUAAAUGGAUAAACGUGGUGCUGCUUAUAGUCUAGUGGGGCAGCUGCGGUGUGGUAGCCGCCAGUGCGCGUAUACACUGGUGCGCUUCUCGUCCCUCUCUUGUCAAAAAGGGUGAGAUAGUACAUGUUCCUUCCCAGCCAUACACAUUAACAGCGUUCUAGAUGUUCUAUGCUGGGUCGGCUGUAUAUAAAAGGUUUCACUCUGAGGAUGGUUCAUGUGCAUCUCAAGACACUGUCGCUCUACUCUGUGAGGAAAAGAAAGACAGAAACACCACAAAACAGCCUGUGAGUUUAUAUCGACUGGCAAGUUUACCCUUGUAAGUACCUGGGGUCGAGAACGUUACCGUCUUCGACUGUUUACCCCAAGAGGCGGAGGUGAGACCAAGUGCUGCGGGUGCACCUGUACAAUAUCUCAUUUAUUACCUGCUGACUCUGUUGUCGCGAGUCGCCAAGGUGCACUCCUUCACCCCAUUCCUCGGCUCUCCUCCAGGCCGCCAGGUUCAUAUUGCUUAAAAUCGAGAAUAUUGUUUCUGACUUCUGAAUAACACAACAUUGGCUGGGUGGAAGGAAAAUUUAAUCUCGUGAGAUUCCGGUCAUACGAUACAUGCAUAUUCCCUGAAGUUAUUUCGCGUAUCCGUAUAAUCUUAUUGUGGUUUUACGCUCAAUAUUGGCGGAGGAGAGUCAUGAUGGCGCGUGUGGAGGAACAGAGCAGCGCCUGUGGCUACCGCUGGUGCUGCUUGCUGGUGUGGACUGACACACACACACAAACACACACACUUAUGUUUAUUUGAAUAACUAAAAUAAUUUUAUAAUAAAAUGCUCACAGUAAAUAAGAAUUCCAAAACCGUAAAUAUCCCCUGACACGACACCUUGGUGAGGGAGGCAGCAGGGGCGCCUGGCUGGAGCUCGUCCGCCUCGCCCGCACUAACACUAAGGGUAGGCUUGCCGUCUUUGGGUCGCGUAAAACCAAGACAUUCACCCUCUUUAACUCGAGACACCCAGAAUAAUUUGCGUCCUCUUCGAUUCACGAAAUCUUGACAAUUUUCGGUAUCUAAGCCUUAGGAUUAUAAGAAUACUCAACGCCCUGUACGAGGCAGCCACCCUACCAGUACUGGAGUCUACACUGCGGGGCUAUAACAGAUAAGAAUCCUCGGACGAGAGAGCCACACGCCUUGAGAUCCGUAGCUGUAGAAUCCUACACUAUGAAAGGCGACUCUUCAGGAGCCACAAUCCUGGCACAAUACUCAGUCGGACUCGGAUCCUUCCACUAUCUGGACCAGGCGAGUUACGCGCAACAUUUUACCACGCUUCGGUCACUUGCAUUGUAACAUAAGGUGGCAUCAUUUCAAAAUAUCUCAUUAAUCAUAUAUCUUUAUGCAAUAAAAUAUGAAUCUGAUGAUAUAAAAUGCUUUAAAUUUGUCCAUUUUGAGAUUGUGGUGGAGGUGUAGAGGAGGAGACGCGGCGAGCUAGGCGGGGUCUUCUGCGGGGUACGCCCUUCUCCCCCACACUCGCCCUCUAUUCCCUUCAUUAUACAAUGUAUAUAUAGCACUGUACAAACAUUAAAUCUUUCAGGUAAUAAAGUUUUAAUUUCAUUCGUAAA